UAGUUUAAGAGCAAAGCGAAUCGUCGUCUAACAAAUUCACAACGCACGCGAAUUUCCCGAAACACAAUCUGAAUCGACAAAAAGGCAGCUAGAAAAAGCUUCUAGCCUAAUGCAAAAAUUAUACAAAUCGUGCGCCUACAAUUGUUAUAGCAUAAAGUGUACAACAACUAAAUUGUAAACAAAAACGAAAAAGAAAAAGAAAAACUAAACAAAAGUAAAAGAGCCAAAAAUAAAAGCCAAGACGACGCAACGAAACGAAUACGUCAAAAGACAAAGUUUUUGGAGCAGCAAAUUUGAUUUGUUGUUACGUUAAUUUUGGUUGAACUUCUGCCCCCGCACGUAUUCGGCCAUUCAGUUGGCCGAUAUCAAACGACCUUCAAAACGUUUUGCGUCGAGGCAAUACGCACCAUGGGCUGCGCACAGUCUGCCGAGGAGCGAGCCGCAGCCGCCCGGAGUCGCCUGAUCGAGCGUAAUCUCAAAGAGGAUGGCAUACAGGCGGCCAAGGAGAUAAAGCUGCUCCUGCUGGGCGCCGGUGAAUCGGGCAAAAGCACAAUAGUCAAACAAAUGAAAAUCAUUCACGAGAGCGGGUUCACUGCGGAGGACUUUAAACAAUAUCGACCGGUUGUCUACAGCAACACAAUACAAUCAUUAGUUGCCAUACUGCGAGCCAUGCCAAAUCUUAGUAUUCAGUAUAGCAAUAACGAACGGGAGGUAACGAUGCAAAAAAUGGUAUUCGAUGUGUGCCAGCGAAUGCAUGACACCGAACCCUUCUCAGAGGAGCUGCUGGCCGCCAUGAAACGCCUUUGGCUCGAUGCCGGCGUUCAGGAAUGCUUCUCGCGCAGCAACGAAUAUCAAUUGAAUGAUUCCGCUAAAUAUUUCCUGGAUGAUUUGGAUCGGUUAGGCGCCAAGGAUUACCAGCCAACCGAGCAGGAUAUCUUGCGCACUCGAGUCAAGACCACCGGUAUUGUCGAGGUGCAUUUCUCCUUCAAAAAUCUCAACUUCAAAUUGUUUGAUGUGGGUGGCCAGCGAUCUGAGCGUAAGAAAUGGAUACAUUGCUUUGAGGAUGUAACAGCGAUUAUUUUCUGCGUGGCCAUGUCUGAGUACGAUCAGGUCUUGCAUGAAGACGAAACUACGAACCGCAUGCAAGAGUCGCUGAAGCUGUUUGAUUCCAUUUGCAACAACAAAUGGUUCACGGAUACCUCGAUUAUAUUGUUCCUGAACAAAAAGGAUUUGUUCGAGGAGAAGAUACGCAAGAGUCCGCUGACAAUUUGCUUUCCCGAAUACACAGGUGGCCAGGAGUAUGGCGAGGCGGCUGCCUACAUUCAGGCUCAAUUUGAAGCGAAAAACAAAUCAACCUCGAAAGAAAUCUACUGCCACAUGACGUGCGCCACAGAUACCAACAACAUACAGUUUGUAUUCGAUGCUGUCACCGAUGUCAUCAUAGCAAACAAUCUGCGCGGCUGUGGCCUGUACUAAGCGGUUGGCGAUUGGCGGUUUAGCGGCGCAAAACGGGGACCGUUACGGUAUUAAAAACAAAAGAAAACAAAACAAAAAUAAGUAAAAAAAAAAAUUAUAUAUAUAUAUAUAAAAAAAAGAAACUACAACAAAAAACAAACAGCGCGGGAGCACAACAACCCACCAGCAUUGAUCAAAAACAAACAAAGCAAAUGAUGAUAGAACCAACCAACACAAAACAACAACAACACAAACAAACAAACACACUCACACACAAGAAAAGCAAAAGCAAAGCCCAAAGAACUUUUAUUUGUAUCUGUAUGGAAAGGAGAAAUUGCGCUUGAAAAGAAAUGUGUCUAGAAUCUGAAGGAAUUCGUUUUGAGAAGGCAGCUGAUAAAAAUACUAGAUGUGAAAUGUGAAAAAGUGAAAGUGAAAUCGCAGUCGCAAUCGCAAUCGCACAUAUUGAAAAGCAUUUCCUAUAUUUGCAUUACAUUUGCAUCAUGCAAGCAAACAUACAUGUAUGACAUGAAACGCACAACAUACACACACACAAAAACAAACACACAUAAAACACACACACAGUCAAGAACAGACACAUUGAAACGCAAGCAUUAAUGCAUAAUAUGUAGUUGUUGUUUGGUCUGAAUAAUUUUAUAGAAUUUCAUAAUUUAUGUGUAGUUUAGUUUCUCGUGUAUUUAUUAAAAAACCAAAACAAACAAAACACUAAAAAACAAAAAAGGAAAAACGAAUAAGAAAACGAACCCCAAAGUAAACAAAAAAAAAUGAAAACAAAUUAAAAAUCGAAUGAAAUGAAAUUAUAAUGAGAUGAGAUGAGAUGAGAUAAUUAAUGAGAACAAAGUAUAUAUGCAUACUUAUAGAAGGCAUAUUUACCGCAUAUAUAAGUAUAUAAAUAUUAUAUUAUAUAAAUAUAUUAAAUGUUUCCUGUUGCAAUCUCUUUGAAAUUAUUCAUGCCAUCAACGCUGCAUUUCUCAUGCUUGUUUAGGCUUAAGUUCAAAGUUUACAAACUCUGCGCAAAUUACAUUCAAAUCAAACAAUCCAAAACAAGAACAACAACCACAACAACAAUACAUCCCCUGGGCAAAUGAAAUUAGCAGAAAGCAAACGUAAAAAUUAUAAAAAUGCAAAGAAAAGAAAUUGAAAAAGAAAACAAAACAAAUUAACAUUUAAUGCAUAACGUAAUGAUAAUGCAAAUGAACAAACCAAAAACAAACAAAAUGAUGAUUACGAAACAAAAACGUAAACGCUCUAAUUAUUAAGGCCUAAUUUAAUUGAUAAACAAAAACACAAAGUAAACCGGUCUAUAAAUGAAGAGGAGAAAACAAAAGCAAGCAACUCUCUUAACUAUUUGUAUUUACUACAACAACAAAACAAACAAAAAAAAAUGAAAUGAAAAUUUGCAAAUUUGAAAUUGCUAAUUUUUAAAUCAGCCAGCCAUAAUUCGAUUCGAUUCGAUACGAUUAUCGAUCGAUCGAUGUAAAUUGUAAUUUGUUGAAUUUGCGUGUGUAUAGAAGGAUAUAGAGAAAAGAGCGCCAGCUGAUUGUGCGAUACGAUGAUGAAGCUACAAAUUGCACACAACCAACACCAAACACCAUAAAAACAACAACAACAACAACAACAUCACGCACAAAACAAACGCAUAAAAACAUCAACACACACGCACAAACAUACACUCGACACGACACGAACACACACAAACUAACUAUAAUUUUUUGUACACUAAUUUAUUGUAAUUACUAUAAUUUCGUUGCAUUUAUAAAGCCACAUACGAAUGUAGUUUGAAUCCAAGAACAACAAUUCAAAAAAGAAAUCGAACAAGAGAACCUAAAACAAACAAUCUCGCAAUAGCAAAAACAACUGAACAGAUAAAUCUCAGCAUAGAUUGAAACAAAGAUACAAACAACAAAAAACAAAAAAGAGAGAAAACAGUUCAUUGUAAAACACAACAUUGUAUGUAAUAUUUAUAAAAAGCAUAUACUAUACACUAUAUACUAUAUACGAGUAUACAUAAAAAUAAUAAGAAUAAUAAUAAUAAUAAUAUUAAUAAUGAUAAUAAUAAUAAUAUUAAUUGUAACAUUUAUUGUAUUUAGUGAAUGGCAUUUAACACUGUGCGUUGCAGCUGUUAAUUUUGUUUAGACUUAUUUAUACUUAUGUAUUUAUGUGUAUGUAUGAGUAUGCUUAUGCAUUUCUUUACUGUGUAUCUAUUGAUUGUGCAUUUUGAUUUUACACAAUGAUAAUGGAAUUUAUAAUUGUUAUUUUAUAGUAUUUUUGUAUAUUAUACAACUCCGCUCUCUCUCUCUCUGUCUCUUUCUCGUUCCGCCGCAUCUACUAUGAUUACUGCAACUUUUUCUUGUCUUCUCCCACACUGCAAUCCCUUAUUUUGCUCCCCGCUCCACACUUAUGUUUUAUAGUUUUUAAGCUUUAUUUAUGUAAACACAUGCAACACACAACUUAAACACAAACAAAAA